UUAUCCGGGUCCCGUCAUAAAAUCUUUUUGUUACCGAUCUCGACAGCGGAGCGCUACAGUCGCAGCUCUCGCCUACCAGGAUGGCGGAUGACCCAGAGAAGUACUUGCGAACGAAGAAAGCGCCGGCAGCCGGCGCGUCUGGCUUCGAUUCGAAAAAAUGGUGUUGGGUACCAGACGAGAACGAGGGAUUCAUUUCUGGUGAGAUAAAGUCACGAAAGGGAAGCAAGCUCGUCUGCCAACUGUCGGACGGCUCGAAAGUCGACGUUGCAGAGGACGACACGCAACAGAUGAACCCACCGAAGUUCGAGAAGACUGAAGACAUGGCUGCUCUCACUUACCUCAACGAAGCAAGCGUCCUGCACAACCUCCGACAGCGCUAUUACUCUAAUCUCAUCUAUACGUAUUCGGGGUUGUUCUGCGUCACUAUCAAUCCCUACCGCAUGUUUCCAAUCUACACCGACAAGGUGGUGCAGAUGUACAGAGGCAAACGACGGUCCGAAAUGCCGCCACAUGUCUACUCCAUCGCUGACAACGCGUACAACAACAUGAUCCAAGAUCGCGAAAAUCAGUCGAUCCUGAUUACUGGUGAGUCAGGUGCUGGGAAGACGGAAAACACAAAGAAAGUGGUGCAAUAUUUUGCACAAGUCGCCUCUCCAUCUGGUCAGAAACAGAAGGGAAACUUGGAAGAUCGGGUUAUUCGUUGUAAUCCUCUUCUGGAAGCGUUUGGCAAUGCAAAAACCAUUAGAAAUGACAACUCGUCUCGAUUUGGAAAAUUCAUUCGAAUUCACUUUGGCCCGAUGGGAAAAAUUGCGGGAGCUGAUAUCGAACACUACCUGUUGGAGAAAUCUCGUGUUGUGCUGCAACAGCGAGGAGAAAGAACGUUUCAUGUUUUCUAUCAGCUGCUGGAAUCAGACGAACGUGAUUUUAAAGAGAACGUUUUGUUGCUCAAGUCCAACAAGGCAUCCGAUUAUCGCUUUUUGAGUGGUGGCGUCUCUAAAGUCGAUAGCAUCAAUGAUCGAGAACAGUACCAAGAGACAAUAGAGGCAAUGACAGUUCUUGGUUUCUCUGAAGAGGAGAGAGCGUUCAUGUUUAAGAUCGUAGCAACAGUACUUCAUUUUGGUAACGUGCAAGUAAAGCAGCCAAAACGAGGAGAAUGCGCGGAAGUUUCCACGGACACUGACAAGGUAUGCCAUUUACUUGGUCUUGCAAAUCCUGCUGAAUUCAACAAAGGAUUGUCACGACCGAGGAUGAAAGUUGGACACGAGUGGGUUCACAAAGCACAGAAUGCUGAGAAAGUUGAUUACGACAUCCGUGCUUUGUCUAAACUGUUGUAUGAGAGAAUGUUUCGUUGGUUGGUUGGUCGCAUCAAUAUGACUCUGGAUACUAAAGAGAGAAAGAACUACUUUAUUGGUGUGCUGGACAUUGCCGGAUUUGAGAUCUUUGAUUUCAACUCAUUUGAACAAUUGUGUAUUAAUCUGACAAAUGAGAAGUUGCAACAAUUCUUCAACCAUCACAUGUUUAUACUGGAACAGGAAGAAUAUCGCAAUGAGGGCAUUGAAUGGACUUUCAUUGACUUUGGCCUUGAUUUGCAACCCUGCAUUGACUUGUUGGAGAAAACCCAAGGCGUUCUGUCACUGCUUGAUGAAGAGUGUCUGUUUCCGAAGGCUACAGACAAGUCGUUUGUUGAGAAGCUGUUGAAGAUUCAUGAGGGAAAAUCAGACAACUUCUCGAAGCCUGCAUUCCGUCCAAGAUCAAAAGCACCAAAUCCAGACUUCCAAAUUGCUCAUUAUGCUGGAGUGGUUGACUACACUGCUACUGACUGGUUGCUAAAGAACAAAGAUCCCCAGAACGACUUUGUGCUCGGUCUUAUCCUAAAAUCAACAAAUCCUGUUGUUGCUGGUCUUUUCUCUGGCUACAUUUCUUCUGAGCAAGCCGGAAAGAAGAAAGGUGGAGGAAUGUUCCAAACAGUGGCUCAAGUGCACAAGGAAUCUCUCAAUAAUCUGAUGACUAACCUUCGAAACACAACUCCACAUUUUGUUCGCUGCAUCAUUCCCAAUGAGCAGAAGAAAGCAGGAAUGAUCGAUGCUCAUUUGGUGCUUCAUCAGUUGCGAUGCAACGGAGUCUUGGAAGGAAUCAGAAUCUGUAGAAAGGGAUUUCCCAAUAGACUUUUCUUCUCAGACUUUAGACAAAGGUAUGCUAUUCUGGCUCCUACUGCUAUUCCUGCUGGAUUCAUGGACAGUCGGAAAGCUGCAGAAUUGCUUAUCAAUGCAUUGCAAUUGGAAACGAACGAAUUUCGUGUCGGCAAGAGCAAAGUGUUCUUCCGUGCUGGAGUUCUUGGUCGGUUGGAAGAUCUUCGCGAUGAGAAGCUGGGAAAAGUGAUCACACAGUUUCAGGCGUAUUGCAGAGGCUUCUUGAUGAGAAAAUACUUUAGGAAGCUUCUUGAUCAAAGGAUUGGGAUUGCAGUCAUUCAGCGAAAUGUGAGAAAGCACAUGUUCUUGAGGAACUGGUCAUGGUGGAAACUCUUUACCAAAGUGAAGCCGUUACUGAAUAUCGCCAGACAGGAAGACGAAAUCAGAGUCAUCAAUGAAGAGCUAAACAAAAUAAAGGAGAAGGCAACCAAGGAAGAACAAGCUCGCAAAGAACUUGAACAAAAGUACAGUGAAUCUAUGGAGAAGUCACAACAACUGUUUCAAGACUUACAGAGAGAACAAGAGGCUAAUGCUGUCAAUGAUGAAACACUGGAAAAGCAACGCACUAAGAUUAUAGACCUUGAGCAGCAGUAUGGAGAUCUUACUGCUCGUUUAGAAGAGGAAGAAGAGACGAACGUUGAAGUUUCAAAAAUAAAGCGGAAGGUGGAAGCAGAAUUGGAACAGCUGAAGCUAGAAUGUAGUGAAUUACAGCUGGCAAGUGAAAAGCUGGAACAAGAGAAGUCGGCUAAAAUAUCGCAGAACAAUGCUCUCUCUGAUACUCUCGAGAACAAAGAGCAACAGUUGGCUCAACUUAACAAAUCGAACAAAUCUCUUGAAGAGAAGUUACAGCAUCUAACGGAUGCACUACAAGGUGAAGAGGACAAAGCAAAGCAUUUGAGCAAACUCAAAGCAAAGACAGAAUCUCAUGUGCAGGAGCUUUCUGUCACUUUGGAGAAAGAAAAGAAGGCUCGAGGUGACGUAGAGAAGGCAAGAAGAAAACUUGAAGUCGACUACAAGUCGCUUGGUGACAACUUGACAGAAAUGACGCAGAGCAAAGAUGAGUUACAAGUAACUUUGAAAAAGAAAGGAGACGAGGUGACUGCACUGAAUGUUCGAUUGGAGACUGAACAGUCUCGUGUUGCACAGCUUGAGAAAGAGAUAAAGGCUCUCAAGGCUCGUAUUGAAGAACUGGAAGAAGAUCUCUCAUCUGAACAGGACAAGAGAAAGCGAGUCGAAAAGCUCAAUGCUGAUCUUCAGCGAGAACUUGAGGAACUAACUGACAGGCUGGAGAUGGCAGGUGGGGCGACAGUUGUUCAGUCGGAGCUGCUGAAGAAGAUUGACACCGACCUUCAACGAUCUCGACAAGACUAUACAGGUGCACAAGAAGAACAUCGCAAAGUUGUCGAAAGUAUGAGGAAGAAACACACAGAUGCACUAAGCGAGCUCGAGGAGAAAGUCGACGAACUACAAAAAUCAAAGCAGAAGCUGGAAGCUGAAAAGAAGAAGCUAUCGCAGCAGACGUUGGGGCUUGGUGGAGACGUCGAAUCACUCACUAGAGCCAAGACUGCUGCUGAGAAGCAGGUUCGGCAUCUAGAAGAACAACUGGCCGAAACGCUAGCAAAACACACCGAAACAACGAAGGCUCUUGAGGAAAGCCACGCAACUGGAGCAAAACUACAGAGCGAGAGUGCAGACCUUCUAGCACAACUGGAAGAGUCCGAGUCUAGUGGAAGUUCGCUCUUGAAAGCAAAGAAGAAUCUUGAAGCCACAGUCGAAGAUCUAAAGCAGCAGCUAGAGGAGACGGUUUUGGCCAAGAAUGAUUUCCAGUCAAAGUUUCGUGCUGCGACUGACGAAGUGCAGAAUUUGAAAGAGAGCAUCGAGGAAGAGGAUGCAGCAACGAGUGACCUGCAACGUUCGUUGGCGAAAGUGCAAGCCGACUUGCAAGAGUACAAAAGUAAAUAUGAUAGUGAACGGCAGCACGUGCAAGACUUGGAGAAUGAAAAGCGAAAGCUUGCAGCUCGUGCAACUGACACCGAAGAGAAAUACGAGGCAUUGGAAGCUCAGAAGAAGAACUUGGAGAAGACGAAGAAUCGUUUGGCUGGUGAGGUCGAAGAUCUGAUGCUCGACUUGGAGAAGGCUCAAACAAAUGCCGGAGCACUCGACAAGAAACAGAAGAAAUUUGACCAGCAAAUCAAUGAGUGGAAGCUGAGGUAUGAAGGUGCAACGGAGGAUUUGGAAAAUGCACAAAAGGAAGCGAGAGGAUAUUCAACGGAGUUGAUGAAGUUGAAGGCGUCAUUUGAAGAACUGGAAGGUCAGAUCGAAGCUUCGAACAAGGAGAACAAACUUCUGAAAUCUGAUAUUGCCAGUCUUACCGAACAGCUCGGCGAAGGUGGCAAGUCGUCGCACGAGCUCGAAAAAGCUAAAAAGAAAGUGGAGCAAGAGAAGGAAGAAAUGAUGCAAGCCUUGGAGGAAGCAGAAGGUGCUCUCGAGGCCGAAGAGGGUAAAGUCCUUCGUAUGCAGCUUGAAACGGCUCAGCUCAAGCAAGAGUUGGAUCGUCGUUUGGCCGAUAAAGAUGAAGAAAUGGAGUCAAACAGGAAGAAUCUGGCUCGACAAGUCGAAGCGCUGCAAGAGAGUGUCGAGCAGGAGAUGCGAUCGAAGAAUGAUUUGAUGAAGCAGAAAAAGCGAGUCGAAGCAGAACUCAACGAACUUCGAAGCCACUUGGAAGGUUCGGGCAAGGAAGUGUCCGACCUGGCGAAAACGUUAAAGAAAUUGCAACUUCAGAACAAGGACCUGCAAGGAAUGUAUGAGGAUGAAAUGAAGUCGCGUGAUACUUUCGCGGAGUCUGCUGCUCGAGCAGAAAGGAAGUGUAACGAUCUGCAAGGUGAACUGGAAGAUCUCAAGGCUUCGUUAGAGCAGGCUGAAAGGGCACGUCGUGCUGCUGAGGCAGAGUGCAGUGAGCUUAGUGAACGAGUGACCGACUCUGGACAGUCACUGAACAGUCUUCAGUCUUCUAAACGUAAGCUAGAGCAGCAGCUUGCGGCACUUCAGGAAGAAUUUGAGGAACGCGAGUCUGAGACCGGCAUGGCUGGUGAAAAGCUGAAGCGGGCUAACGAUCAGGUGCAACGUCUUCAAGCGGACCUCGCAACGGAACGAGAAACGUCGGCUGCAGCUGAGCAUGCAAGGGCUGCGUUGGAAAGGCAGUUCAAGGAGAUUCAACAGCGUGCCGACGAAGCCGAGGCUAAUGCAUCUCGGAUAGAGAAGAAAGUUAUGGCAAAAAUGGAUGUAAAGAAUCGUGAGCUUUCAACUCAACUGGAAGAAGAACAGAAAGGUCGGCAGGAUGCCAUUCGAAGUUCUAGGAGACACGAAAGGAAGGCCAAAGAGCUGGCAUUCCAGCUCGAUGAAGAGACGAAGAAUAAUCAACGAUUGCAAGAGCAAGUAGACAAGCUGACAACCAGGGGCAAGACACUGCGUCGACAGUUUGAGGAGGCUGAUGAACAAUGCGAGUCUCUCAAAGCUAAAGGUAGGCGUGUGCAGAGUGAGUUAGAUGACGCUCUGGAACGAGCCGAAGCUGCAGAAGCUCGUCUCUCGCGUGUAGGACGAGUGCCGGCCUCUAGCGCACGCUCGGCACGAGACAAGGAUAGGGAAAGCAGCAAAGACUGAUGAAGUAGCACAACUUACGUGUGCCAAUUUGACUGUUUCGUUGCACGAAGGCGUGUUUUAAUUGUUCUGACGUUGAGAUGAGGUUUGUUUGAGUUUGUGUGAGAGGAAAACUGAAAUGAAUUUUUACAGGAUGUGGCUGUAGUAACAAUUAACAAGAUUUCUGUGAGUGUUGGUUUUGA